GGGAGAGAGUCAGGUCUCCGGGCAGGUUUAGAGGAAAAUAAAGGCAGGAUGUUGCAAGUUUUAGCUUGUGGCGCCGUAGUUUUCCCCGGUCUCUUCUUCGCCUUCAGGAGAAUCCUGCCGUGUGUGUUCAAACACUGGAGCGAUGCCGACGUGGUACUGGUCAGCGAGAGGCUGGUGUCCUCCAUCCAUGCCGUCAUGGCAACCACAGCAGGAGUCAUCGUCGUGUCAUCAUGCCGGGGCAACAUCAUUAAUGACAGGCACUGGCUGGCCACCUACUUUGUCAUCUGGUACGGUGUGCCCUACAUGACGUACGACAUCUUCGCCAUGUACCUCAGUCACUACCACCGCUUCCGCGUCAAAGGGCACGAGGACUAUAAGCAACAUUCGCUGAGGACAGUAAACUCCUUCGUCCGCAGAGAGUUCCUGCUGGUGUUGCAUCACAUCGCCCUGCUCACUAUCCUGCUGCCUGUCACACUGUUCUUCAGAAGGGACCAGGGGGAUUUCUUCAUUGGCUGCUUGUUUCUAACAGAGCUCAGCACACCCUUCGUCUCCCUGGGGAAGAUACUUAUUCAGCUCAGCCUCCAGGACUGCUGGCUGCACAAGGUCAAUGGCGGUAUGGUGCUGCUCACCUUCUUUAUGUGCCGCAUCGCCCUCUUCCCCUACAUGUACUGGGUGUACGGCCGCCACUACGGCAUCCCGCUUUACAGCGUGCCCUUCCACCUGCCGCUGUCUGCCAACCUGGGCAACUCGUGCAUCCUGGCACCGCAGGUCUACUGGUUUGUCCUUCUUUGCCGAAAGGGCUACCGUCUUUACCGGCGUAGCCGCAUGCCAGACUUGUCUCCUACGGCCACAGUCACUGACAAUUCUAAGGAGGAUUGAUAUCCAGUUCACGAUUGCUCGCUCAAGCCGCACACUCAGCUACUAACGCAACUACUUCUGCAAAGGCACUAGUUUGACUUAACACAUUUCAAACCCCACCAUUGUACUGUAGUACACCAGGACUGCCUGCUCUUGUCCCACAACUCCUGGGCAUUUUCCGCACACUUUAAACCCUCUGUUACAAAAUCUGCUGCAUAAGUGGACCUCUCCACCGACCCAGCUCUACUACUGAAGUUUAAUGAUUUGGGAUUUCUCUUUUUUUGGGGGAUUUUGGCUCUUGCCUGGAUCUUGUUGAAGUGCUACACUGCGUCUGUCAACAUUUACAGCACUGAUGAAAAGGUCACGUUUGCUUCACUGAGAGUGAAACGUGGAGCAAAAGCACCAGAAACUGAAGAAGAGCUUCCAUGGAAAGACUUGAUCUUAUCUCUUACUCCUACUGUGUUUACAGCCUCUGCUGAUUUGGAAGGUCUGUUACAGUGUUUGUGUGAGCGGCUGUUACGACAGGUUGUAUUUAUUUUAAUGAUUUUAUUGUAAUAGUUGUGUUUCCUAUCCCAUCCAUUCACUAAUCACACCGACGAGAAGGAUUAGGAAUAAUGGUGGGUGGGAUGCUAAUUCAGGCAGUAUUAGCAGGAAUACACGUCACCUCAUUCACUUUUGAGAGCUAAAAACAGCUACAUUUGUUAAAACCCCAUUAAUGUGACUUUUCACCCCUGUUCAUUUUGUUUGUAGCUUCCCAUGCAGCAUGUUACCAUGGCGUCAGUUUGCAACAAUACCAUUCUCCUCACUGUAACAUCCAGAACACUUUUACGGCUCAGGCCCAUUUGUCUCCCAGAAGCCAUCCCCUUCGACCGGGUGCUAGCUCUGUAUGCAUGGUGCACCCCCCAAGGAUUUAAUGCUGCACUGGUCUUCUAGGGAAUACUUUUUAAAGAAAGCUUUCAGGAAAUCAGUUUGGCAAUAUCCGCCAAUGUCAAAGUUGGAGAAUGGUGGCACCAACAAGUUGUGGAAAGCAUUCUUCAUUUUUUCCAUAAUAUGCUUUUUAAAUUGAAGGUUGAUUCUACAAAAUUUAGGCAAGACCGCCUAUGAAUCGCCUUGAAAACAGGGCUGCUCUCAAUGACUGAAUAGUAAUGUAAAGCCAUGCUGGGAUAAAAUAUGACCCUAUGUUACAUAAUAUCAUUUCUUUGGGCUAAUUUACACCCAAGUGCAAGGAUUAUCAUAUCUGUUAGGUCAGUAUCAUUUGCAUACGUGCUUUCACAGGGUUAGUUAGGUUUCUUGCUACUGAGAGAUUCGGCUUUUGAAUCCACACUCUGUUUAGGUGACACUGGAGCAUUUAUAGCCGCCAUAGAAACGCUGCGAUGCUGAUGUAGGACAGCUUGGGAUGACUCAGUCUUUGAUGGUCACUAAUGGUUAAUUAUUGAGGCAGUUGUUUGUUUUCUCCUGUUAAGUCACUCAGAUCUGCUCUUCGACCACAGAGAAGGGGAUUGAUGGGGACAUGCCUAAUGUGGGACGAACUCAGGGCCAAGGUCAGAGCAAUAAGGUGAGCGUUGGCUCACCAGGGCAAACUUACACAGAGGAUUGAAAUUUCUGAGCAAUUUAGCUACAAAAAAUGAGAGAUAUUAGAAAUGAUUAUUCCUGAAAUGGAUCAAUAACAUCCAGUAAGUUUCCCUGAGGCUCCACAGAUUUAUAUGCACUUGUGUACUCGCUGUUGCAUAGAGCACUUCACACAGGGCUGUAUAUAGUCAAUGUUUUUAGAGAUCCUGUUUUAGUUUCAUCGCAAAAAUAGUUUUAAACCUAUAUCAACAUAAUUAGACCUGAAAGGACCAUUUUUUUGUU